AUGCCUCCAGAUGCGCCGUGGAAAAACCUCUUUCCAGAACCAGGGAGAAUAGACCAAUAUGAGGACAGCUCGGUGCACAUCGGUAGUGCCUCGGAGGCUGAUUUUGUGGAGAUCAUCGACGACGAUGUCGCCUCUAGCGUUUGUCUCGACGACCAGGAGGUCGAUGUCAAACUAGAAGACGCUUUGGAGGUCGUCAAUCAAAUGGCAGCAAAAACCCAAUUGACAGACUACGACGAGUAUAACAAAAAAGUCGCCCAGGAUCUCAUUGCUCGGUCCCAUCUCACCCACAAGCGGCUGUUUAACGCCCCCGACCGGAUCCCCCAUGGGUAUGUGGAACUCCUUGGUAAGGGUGAAAGUGACUAUAACCAGGACGAUGUUUCGGCUAGAAAGGGUUCUAUAUUCUCCGGUCACGAUGUUGAAUCGCUGGCAACGCUGGAUCUAGAUUUUAUUGACGACCCGCUUUUUUCAAUGCCCCGCAGUGGGUUGCGCCGUGAUAUUCGGCCUCGUGACUUUUAUAUGGUUGUUUUGGGUGGCUAUAUUGGGCUAGCAUUUUUCAAGGAUGCAGCGAAGGGGCUGUGGAUCAGUGGCCCUGUGUUUACACUCUUGACUUUUCUCAUGUCUGGAGUAAUGUUUUAUCUCAUGAUGGGAGGCCUGGCUGAAAUGGUUGCUCUAGUGCCUCAUAAUGCUGGCUAUACAGGCAUCAUAAAUAUGAUAUUUGACCGCUCGCUAGCCACUGCAUUCGGCUUCUCGUACUGGCUGCAGUCGUGCCUGCGGGUCGCCUAUGAAGUUAUUUUGACGGUAUCGCUAUUCUCGUUUUUCCCCAUUCUCAACCAGCCUGAUCACAGCAGCAUGGUAUGGCUCACUUUUAUUGUCAUGCUCGUAGUUGGUGUCAACUUCUUGUAUGUCCGCGUGUGGGGUCGUAUAAUGGCCUUCACCGCUUUCAUCAGCUUGCUUCUCAUUGCCGUCCUCAACAUGUUCAAUUUGCUUUUGGAUACGGGCCAUGUUGGGCCUCUACAUAACUAUAUUGGUGCAACGUAUUGGUCAUAUGGUACAACCGACGGCAUCAGUCACGGUCCGUUGAAGACAGUAUUUGGGCAGCGGGAAAUUGGUGGAAGUACUGGCAGAUUUUUAGGGUUUUGGAUGGCUUGGUUCGUAUCGGCAUUUGGAUUCACGGGUGCGGAUGUAAUUUUUGUCCCCACGGCCGAAAUCCGCAAUCCUCGCAGAGUCGUACCAGGAUCUAUGAAAAUCCUACCGUAUCGAAUUGGUAUCGUAUUCUUAUUAUCACUUUUUAUUGUUCUAUUUGUGGUGAAUUCAGGCGAUGGCAUGCUGGGAUCUCUCACUUCGUACUUUGAAGAAACUGUGAAAACUGGAAGCAGGUGUGGCAUAGGAGUGAGCGAAUGGAAAGCGUUUUCCGGUGUUACUGUCAAGUCUGUAUGGAUCGUGGCUUUCUUGCAGCAGAAUGUUUGCUAUGCCGCAUUCGCAGCCGCUGCUUUCUUUAUUUAUAUCGGUGUGCUAGCUGCCGCGGGCCACCUGUUUGUCGCAUCCAGAGUGCUCCAUGGAUUGGGGCAACUAGGAAUGGUAUGGAGACGGGUUUCCACAACGACGAGGAAUGGAGUGCUAAUUAUAGCCGUGUCUGUUUCGUCGCUCUUUGCCUUGACGGCCUACAUUACCGCCGGUGCAAAUGCAGCUUCAUACUAUACUUUUCUGGCUGAGUGGGUCGUCACUUCGAUUUGGCUGCAGUGGUCCGUGCUAUGUUUGACCUACUACAAGUUCUACAGAGUUGUUCAGAACCACCCCUCGCUGGAUCGUGACAGUGAAGAGUAUCCCUACCGAGCGCCUUUGCAACCGUACGCGUCUAUAGUGUGCGGCUGUAUUUGCUUAUUCUUGGCACUCUUUGCAGGAGUUCCAGAGAUGCUUGCCAGAAAAGGAUUCCACGUGCUUGUCUUUUUGGGGUUGUAUUGUCCCAUUUUUGUAUUCUUUGCAGUUUUCGUUCUGCACAAGCUGUAUUUUAAAACCAAAAUGAUCAAGAACGAAGACGUGAACCUUGAUCUCUACAAAAACUUUAUGGACCGCCAAGAAUGGGAAGAGGAUCGCGUGUAUACAAAGAGUUUCCGCGGAACACUGUGGCAGGCGAAGGCGAAAGCCAAGAGUAAAUGGGAUCGCCGGAUUCGACCCAUGCUACGAAAGAAACUGCAUUCGAAAGAAAGCUAA